AUGUUCCAAAUUAUCACAAAGGAUGAGCAUAUUGCCCUGUACUUGGGGAAGAGAGACUUUGUGGACCAUGUGGAUUCUGUUGAAGUAGUUGAUGGGGUCGUUAAAGUGGACCCUUCUGGCCUUAAUGGCAGAAAAGUAUAUGUCUACCUCGCUUGUGCCUUCCGCUAUGGAAGUGAAGACCUGGAUGUCAUUGGGCUGUCCUUCAGGAGAGACAUCUGGAUAAAGCGCGUUCAGGUGUAUCCACCUACAGAAACCCCAGCUAAAACACCGAUGAUGGAAUCCCUCCUUAAGAAAGUUGGAGAUCAAGGAUAUCCCUUUUCGUUCCAGAUGCCAACAGAUCUUCCAUGCUCAGUGUCAUUACAGCCUGGGCCAGGGGAUUCUGGCAAAGCUUGUGGCGUGGACUUUGAGGUUAAAGCAUUCCUUGCCAAUGCAGCUGACAAUGCAGAUGAAGUGAUUGAGAAAAAGGACACUUGCCGUCUGAUGAUUCGUAAAAUACAGUUUGCACCAGCUAACAACAAGGCUGGACCCAAAGCUGAAAUCUCCAAGCAGUUUAUGAUGUCCGACAAACCAGUUCACUUGGAGGCUGCCCUUGAAAAAGAGAUUUAUUACCAUGGAGAUCCGAUCAGCGUCAGUGUAAAAAUCAACAACGAAACCACCAAGACCGUGAAAAAAAUCAAAGUCUCAGUGGAGCAGCUAACAAACGUGGCCCUCUACUGCUCUGACACUUACGUGAAGGAUGUCUGCUGUCAGGAGUUUGCGGAGACUGUAAAUGCCAACUCUACAUUUGAGAAAACCCUCCAAAUAAUCCCCCUGCUCUCCAACAACAAAGAGAAGCGGGGUCUUGCAGUGGACGGACGGCUAAAAGACGAGGACACCAACCUCGCAUCCACAACCCUGAGUCAAGGAGAGAAGGAGAUGCAAGGAAUCAUCAUCUCCUAUAAAGUCAAGGUCAAUCUGUCUGUGUCCAGUGGAGGCCUGCUGGGUGGCCUAACAGGAAGUGAUGUCACUGUGGAGCUUCCUCUGACCCUGAUGUCUCCAAAACCUGCAGAAGUCAAAUUGGACUAAAUGCCUCUUUAAUUCAGGGCGGACAUCAAACUUGAGUCCACGGACUGAUAACCAGCCAAGGAAAAUCAUCUCUGACAGAGAACACAGAACACAAAGGAAUUCAUCACCAACGGAGAAAAGCACAAGUGUCAUGCAGUCACUACAAUGCUCUUAUUUCCCCUGUACAUACACAUU